AUGGAGAAAACUUCCGAAGAUUCAGUACUACAAACAGUAAUCCAGUAUACUAAGCAAGGUUGGCCGGUGAAAAUCAGCAAUCUUCCAGAUUCUGUGAAGCCUUUCUUCAAGCAUCGCCAUGAAAUUUCCUAUCAGGACGGUUUAGUGUUUCGUGGGGAUCGUGUCGUGAUUCCAAGCUCUCUGCGUCGAAUGUUAAUUGAAAAGCUUCACGUGGGCCAUCCCGGAAUCGAAGCCUCGCUGAGGUUCGCCAGAUCUAACAUCUUCUGGCCCGGAAUGAAUGAUCAAAUUAAGAAUCGUAUCCAGGAAUGUGAAACUUGUGCCAAAUUCGCUGCAUCUCAAACAAAGCCUCCCAUGAAAUCCCAUCCUAUACCAGUAUAUCCAUUCCAGCUGGUAUCAAUGGAUGUCUUCUUUCAAGUGUAUCAAGGAAAGCAACGUAAAUUCCUAGUAACCGUGGACCACUAUUCCGACUAUUUUGAAAUUGAUAUCCUCAAAGACUUAACUCCUUCGUCAGUCAUUCAGGCAUGUAAACGCAACUUCGCUUGUCACGGAACACCUCAAAGAGUCAUAUCGGACAAUGGUUCAAAAUUUGUCAAUGAGGAAAUGGUGCAGUUCAGCAAGCAAUGGGACUUUAAGCACUCCACCUCGGCUCCGUAUCACCAGCAGGCAAAUGGGAAAGCCGAGGCUGCAGUAAAAAUCGCAAAGCACUUAAUCAAGAAGACAGCAGAAUCUGGUCAGGACCUGUGGUUAGCGUUACAGCAUUGGCGUAAUACACCGAACAACAUCGGUAGUAGUCCGGCAUCGAGAUUGUUUUCCCGUGGUACGAGGUGUGCCAUUCCUAUGCCGGGUACGAACUUGGUACCUAGUGUCGUCGAAAACGUGCCGGAAGCAAUUUUAAAAAAUCCACAGAAGAUAAAAUAUGACUACGAUAAACAUUCUCGGCGCCUGCCCGAACUGAACAUCGGUUCUCCAUUGUAUGUCCAACUUAGACCGGAAUCAUCUACACGGUAA